UCAAUCCUGUGUUAUUUUGGUGAGGGGCUCUGGAGAAAAUGUUGAUGAGAAAAUAACUUAUCUACGGCGGAAGUACAGGGAAAGUGGGAGGAAAGAAAGUUUCGACAAUUCUAGAUUGCGAAUAACACCGGUAUAGCAUGAUGAAAACACACUUCUGUUAGGUAAAUACUUUUAUGAUCGGAAAAUAACUUAAACAUAGUUUAUUGUGCGGGACACAUAGUCUUACUUUCGAGUUCACAAUGGGACUCCCAACUCUGGAGUUUAGCGAUUCUUUUCUGGAUAGCCCUGAUUUCAGAGAACGGCUAAAAUAUCACGAAAUAGAGUUGGACCGGACAAACAAAUUCAUCAAAGAACUGAUCAAAGACGGGAAUAUGUUGAUAACGGCGCUAAAGAAUCUGUCUACUGCUGUCCAGAAGUUCUCUCAGUCCCUCCAGGAGUUCCAGUUUGAGUGUAUAGGAGACGCAGAGACGGACGACGAGGUCAAUAUCGGUAAGUCCUCCAACGAGACCGGAACGAAGAGGGUUUCUCUCCCUCUCUCCAACUUUUCGGACAUCGUUCUGAGCUAUAGAGCUGACAGGAAACCACUGAUCCAGAAUGCGGAUGAUGUGCUAAUUGCACCUUUAGAGAAGUUCCGGAAGGAACAGAUAGGAGCUGCCAAGGAAGGGAAGAAGAAGUUUGACAAGGAGACAGAGAAAUACUACACCGUUCUAGAGAAGCAUCUUGCCUUGUCUUCCAGGAAGAAAGAGCCGUUCUUACAAGAGGCAGACACACAGAUUGACAAAGAGAGACAGGUCUUCUAUGACGCCUCCCUGGAGUAUGUCUUCAAGAUCCAGGAGGUCCAGGAAAAGAAGAAGUUCGAGUUCGUGGAACCGCUGCUGGCCUUCCUGCAGGGUCUGUUCACGUUCUACCACGAAGGAUACGAGCUCGCUCACGAGUUUGAGCCUUACAAACAACAGCUCCAGUUCAACCUGCAGAACACAAGGAACAACUUUGUGAGUACGAAGCAGGAAGUAGAGAAACUGAUGAAGAGAAUCAGAUCCGCUGAUCAGGACUACAAACCUCCAGGGCAGUGGACCAUGGAGGGUUUCCUCUACGUCCAGGAGAAACGGCCGCUGGGAUGCACGUGGACGCGACACUACUGUACGUAUGAGAAGAGCAGCAAAGCCUUCACCAUGACCAACUUUGAAACCAAAUCAGCUGGCAAACAGAAUGGUCUGGUGGUGAGUCCAUCUGAGAUGUUCAAGCUGAAGUCCUGUAUCCGAAGGAAGACUGACUCCAUCGACAAGCGUUUCUGCUUCGACAUCGAAGUGGUGGAGAGGCAUGGCAUCGUGACUCUCCAGGCUCUGUCUGAGUCCAACAGAAGGCUGUGGCUGGAGGCUAUGGAUGGCAAGGAGCCGAUUUACAACCUUCCAGCCAUUCUGAGCAAGAAAGAAGAGACGUACCUAAACGAGGCAGGGUUUAAUUUUGUGAGGAAAUGUAUUGACUUGGUGGAGGUACGAGGGAUCAACACGCUGGGCCUCUACAGAAUAGGAGGAGUCAACUCUAAGGUCCAGAAGUUGAUGACCACUGUGUUUGCAACCAAGGCUCCUGUCGAUAUGAACCUGGACCCAGACACCUGGGACAACAAGACCAUCACCAGCGGCCUGAAGAAUUACCUCAGGUGUCUCUCUGAGCCUCUGCUGACCUUUAAGCUCCACAAAGACUUCAUCAUGGCCGUCAAGUGUGAAGACCAGAACUACAGAGUUAGGGCCGUCCAUGCCUUGAUCCACAAGCUGCCUGAAAGGAACAAGGAGAUGAUGGAGCUACUGAUCAAACACCUCGUCACAGUGUCCACCCACAGCCAGUUCAACCUGAUGACGGUGUCCAACCUGGGCGUGAUCUUCGGGCCCACGUUAAUGAGGUCACAGGAGGAGACGGUGGCCGCCAUGAUGAACAUUAAAUUCCAGAACAUCGUGGUAGAGAUUCUCAUCGAGAACUUUGACAAGAUCUUUCACCAGGCUCCAGACCCCAACGUACCUCUGCCCCAGCCCCAAUCCCGACCAAGCUCACGCAGGAGCAGAGCCAUCUGCCUGUCCACUGGCCCUAGGAAGCCUCGCAGCAUCUACACCCCAACACUGUGCCUUGCAGACGCUGACAGUGACACAUUCAGCAGCAGUCCAGGCAGCACCCCCUUGGGAAGCAUGGAGUCCCUCUCCUCUCACUCCUCUGAGCAGAACAGCUCCUCCAAGACCACUGCCACUUCCUCCCACCACCAGCCCAAAGACAAGGUUUCCCAUCCCCCUGGCCUGUGGUUGGGGAUGGGCCAGGGGACGAGCCAGUGGCUGGGGAUGGGGCAGGGGACGAGCCUGGAGCAAGGGAAUGGUCAGGGGACCAGCCUGAAGCAUGGGAUGGGGCAGGGGACCAGCCUGAAGCAGGAGAUGGGCCAGGGGACCAGCCUGGGGCUAGAGAUGGGUCAGGGCCCAACCCUGGGUCUCCGUCGCUCCCCCUCCCAGCUCUCUUCCAACGGGCCAGGGAAGGGAAGCGUCCCAUCCUGCCUCAGCAGCCCAGAGUCUAGCUCCAGGGAAGACGUAGAGACAGGGAGGACAGACGGGGAGUCGGAGGGAGAUGCUCUGAGUCUGUCCUCAACCAGUACCACAGCUACACCCAGGGGGUCCAUCGGCCCAAAGAAAGCCCCCCACUCCCAGACGGAUCUCCGGCCGGUGCCCGUGACCCAACUGACCCAGCUGAACCGCUCAGCUGCCCCCUCUCUGAGGUCACUGUAUAUCUCUGAAGGCCGUAGGAGUCUGGCUGGUUCAGUGCAGAGUCUGUCUGCCGUGACGCUGGACCAAAAAGACCAACAGAAGGAUCGGAAAGAGAGUGCAACAUCUGCAGACCACCCAGACCUCCCUCCUAAACUAGUCACCCGUCGACGAUUGGACAGACAGGACAAGAUGGAGUCCUCCAGCAACGGAUACCAGAGACCCGGAUCAGUGGUUGCUGCGAGAGCCAUGCUGUUUGAAAACUGCCCUUCUUCGGCGCAGACCACACCUGUUGGAAGAGACGCGAAGGCCAUGUACUCCUGUGAGGCAGAACACAGCCAUGAGCUCAGCUUCCCACAAGGGGCUUUCUUCUCACACGUGUAUCCGUCUAUUGAACCUGGCUGGAUCCAAGCAACGUUCCAGGGAAAGACUGGCUUGAUCCCUGAGAACUAUGUGGUUUAUCUCUAACAACAAACUGACUGCGCCGACACCUUAACAACCUAACCUGGAUCAUGUCAUGGUAUCCAUGGUAACAGUCAUCUGUAACGUGAUUGAUUUGAUUGUUGUGAAGGCCAAGUGUCCCUAUUGAUCAGAAAUGUAGAUAUGGGAACGUUGAGUAUAGUUCAUAUGCAGUAGAAGGAGCAGAUGUGUGUUUUAUCACCCAAAUGACCUACCUACCUACCUACCUACCUACCUAUCUACCUACCUACAUAUCUACCCAUCUACCUACCUACCUACCUACCUACCUACCAAUCUACCUACCUACAUAUCUACCCAUCUACCUACCUACCUACCUACCUAUCUACCUACCUACAUAUCUACCUACCUACCUACCUACCUACCUAUCUACCUACCUACAUAUCUACCCAUCUACCUACCUACCUACCUACCUAUCUACCUACCUACAUAUCUACCCAUCUACCUACCUACCUACCUACCUACCUACCUACCUACCUACCUAUCUACCUACCUACCUACCUACAUAUCUACCUACAUACCUACCUACCUACCUACCUAUCUACCUACCUACAUAUCUACCUACAUACCUACCUACCUACCUAUCUACCUACCUACAUAUCUACCUACAUACCUACCUACCUACCUACCUAUCUACCUACCUACAUAUCUACCUACAUACCUACCUACCUACCUACCUAUCUACCUACCUACCUACCUACAUACCUAUCUACCUACCUACCUACAUAUCUACCUAACUACCUAGCUACAUACCUACAU